CAGAUCCUAUUCAUACCAGACCUAUCCCCAAAAAAGAUCUCUUCCAAGUUCUUUUACCCUUCCACAAGCAUACACAUACAUCCAACUCUUUCUACCACACCCACUACUAUCACCAUGGUUCAGGCUACUAACUUGGGUUUCCCCAGAAUCGGCGCCCAGCGCGAGACCAAGAAGAUCGUCGAGAGCUUCUGGGCCGGCAAGGUCAAUGAGCAGGCCCUCGAUGAGGCAGCCGUCAAACUGCGUGCUGAGAACUGGAAGUUGCAGAAGGCUCAGGGUCUGGCCCAGAUCCCUUCGGGCGACUUCUCCUUCUACGAUCAUGUGCUUGACCAUUCCGUCAUGUUCAACGUCAUUCCUCAGCGUUUCCGUCAUCUCCCCGACGGUCAUGAGCGCAAUUUUGCCAUCGGCCGUGGUAUCCAGAAGCCUGCCACCGAGACCCAAGAGAAGGUUGAUAUCGAGGCUCAAGAGAUGAAGAAGUGGUUUGACACCAACUACCAUUACAUCGUUCCCGAAUUCGAGACUAACCAAACCUUCCAUCUCGGCCCCAAGAUCAAGACUCUUGAGGAGUUCAACGAAGCCAAGGCCCUUGGUAUCCACACCCGUCCUGUUGUCCUCGGUCCUCUCUCCUUCCUCUUACUCGGCAAGGCUGCCAAGAACUCUGUCGGUCUUGAACUUAUCACUCUCCUCCCCAAGCUCCUCCCAGUCUAUGAAGAGCUCUUCUCAAAGCUCGCUCAAGCUGGUGCUGAUUGGAUCCAGGUUGAUGAGCCCAUUCUCGCCCUUGACCUCGCUGAUGCUGUCAUCGGUCACUUCCAAGAGACCUACACUCGCUUGACCGCUGCUGCUCCUCAGCUCAAGUUCUUGAUUGCCACCUACUUUGGCCGUAUCGGCAGCAAUGUCUCGUUUGUCAAGAACUCUGGUGUUGCUGGUCUUCAUAUCGAUCUCGUUCGUGCCUCAGAGCAGCUCGAGCAUGUCAUUGCUAACAUCAACCAGACCCAGGUUCUUUCCCUCGGUUUGGUCGAUGGUCGUAACAUCUGGAAGACGAACCUCGCCAACGCUCUCAAGAUCGCUCAGACUGCCGUGGCUUCUCUCGGUUCCGACCGCGUCUUCGUUGCCCCCUCAUGCUCUCUUUUGCAUACCCCUGUGACCCUCAAGUUCGAGAAGCGUCUCGCUUCCAAGCAUCCCGAACUCUUUGACUGGCUUGCCUUUUCUGAGGAAAAAUGCAAGGAGGUUCACACCCUUGUUCACGCCCUUAACCAUGGUGCGGAAUCUGUCCGGGCUGAGUUGGCCGACAAUGCCCGUUCGAUCGAUGCUCGUCGCACUUCAUCCCACACCACCAACAGCGCUGUCCGCCAGCGUCUCGAGGCCAUUGUUCCUGAUCAGCUCCGUCGCCGAAGCGGAUUUUCUGAGCGUCAAGCUAAACAGCACCAGGCCCAUCCCCUGCCCGAGUUCCCCACCACAACCAUUGGCUCCUUCCCUCAGACUAAGGAGAUCCGUUUGGCUCGUGCCAGGUUCACGAAGGGUGAGAUCGAUGAGGCUGCUUACAACGAGUUCAUCAAGAAAGAGAUCGCUUACUGUGUCAGCGAGCAGGAGAAGCUCAACAUUGAUGUCCUCGUCCACGGUGAGGCAGAGCGUAAUGACAUGGUCGCCUACUUUGGCGAGCGCUUGGAAGGUUAUAUCUUCUCCGAAAACGGCUGGAUUGCCUCGUAUGGCUCUCGCUGCGUCCGACCUCCGAUCAUCUUUGGUGAUGUCCACCGUGUCAAGCCCAUGACCAUUGCCGAGUCUGUCUAUGCCCAGUCCUUGACCAGCAAGCCCAUGAAGGGUAUGUUAACUGGUCCUGUCACUUGCUUGCAGUGGUCCUUUGUCCGUGAUGACAUUCCUCGCUCUGUUGUCUGCAACCAGUUGGCACUUGCCAUCCGCGAUGAGGUCGUCGAUCUUGAAAAGGCUGGCAUUAUCCACAUCCAGGUCGAUGAGCCCGCUAUCCGUGAGGGUCUUCCUCUCCGCUCUGUUGACUUUAACUUUUACCUUCAGUGGGCCGUCGAUGCCUUCUUGCUCUCGACCACUGGUGUUCAAGAUACCACAGUCAUCCACACCCACAUGUGCUACUCUGACUUCCAAGAUAUCUUCCAGGCCAUUAUCCGAAUGGAUGCUGAUGUCUUGACCAUCGAGAACUCCAAAUCGGACAUGCGUAUCUUGGGUGCCUUCUCGACCCAUGGUUAUACUGCUGAGAUCGGGCCCGGUGUCUUUGAUAUUCAUUCUCCACGUGUUCCUUCGACUGCUGAGAUGAAGGAGCGUGCCGAUGCCAUGCUGAAGUACAUUCCUCGCCGUAACCUGUGGAUCAACCCUGACUGUGGUCUCAAGACCCGUGGCUGGAAGGAGGUUCGUGAGUCCUUGACUAACAUGGUUGCUGUUGCCGAGGCCCUCCGUGCCAUCAAGGAGGCUUAAGAACGUUGCCGUGCCAUUCCGCCAUUUUCGAAUUUUGAUUCGAAAAUGGCCUUAGGGCCAAUGCGUUUCUUUUCAACAAAAGUGAACGAUAUGGUAAAAAAGUUAGGGUGCCUCAACGGCAUUCACCCCUGGGACCUCUUAACAGAUCCCGAAUCUAUCCUCCCUCUCCCCUACUCCAUGAACAUUUUUUUUUAUUAUUAUUAUUAUUAUCUUUUUUCUUUGACUUUCAUGUUGGAUUGUUGCUGGAUGAUGAUGCUACACUAACCUGGAAGUUUCUUCAACAGAAGCAAAAAAAAAAAAAAACAUUUGCUACAAAC